AUGUCAUGUAGCCAUGACUGCCAAAAGAAGGACAGUUCGCAAGCCGGUGACGGCAGUGGGAAAUCCGACGACGAUUGCAACGACGUGCAUACAACCGGGUUCCGGUAUGUCAAGCCCCUCUCGCCGCUCUCCCGCGCGCAGCUGUCGAGCGACGACGACGACAGCGGAAGCGACGGGGCCGUGUGCUUUUUAGACAGCGAAGAAGAUGAGCUUUCCGAAGACGAUGAGUUUUCCGACGACGAGGGGGGCUGGGGCCUCGACCCUCUCGACCGCGCUCAAAUGUGAGAGCUAGCAAUGCGUGCGCAGGCGAGAACCAACGAAUUUCUCGACUCUCACUCCUUAUCAUUACGAAACGCGUUUGCACAGCCC